GGGGUCAGGGGACAUUCAGACCUCAAACCUGCACCGGCCCCUGUCCCGAACUGCGGAACCUGCACUACUAGGCACCAUGUGUUGCAACUACUACAGAAACUCUUGUGGCGGCUGCGGCUACGGCUGUGGCUACGGCUGUGGCUACGGCUCUGGCUAUGGCUGUGGUUAUGGCUCUGGCUAUGGCUGUGGUUAUGGCUGUGGCUACGGCUCUGGCUACGGCUCUGGCUAUGGCUCUGGCUAUGGCUGUGGUUAUGGCUGUGGCUAUGGCUCUAGAUAUGGCUGUGGUUACGGCAGUGGCUACGGCUGUGGUUAUGGCUCUGGCUACGGCUGUGGCUACGGCCGUGGCUAUGGCUCCCGCUAUGGCUGUGGUUACGGCAGUGGCUACGGCUGUGGCUACGGCAGUGGCUACGGCUGCUGUGGAUACCGGCCAUCUGUCUACAGGAAGUGUUACUCCUCCUGCUGCUAG